AUGAAAGAAGUUAUCCAAGGAGAGGUUCUUAAACUGUUAGAUGUAGGUAUCAUUUACCCCAUCUUAGAUUCCAAAUGGGUCAGUCCGACUCAAAUUGUACCUAAGAAGUCAGGAGUCACUGUGAUAGAAAAUGAGAACAAUGAGCUCAUCCCUACGCGCAUCCAGACUGGAUGGUGUAUGUGCAUUGAUUAUAGGAAGCUCAACUCCGUGACGAGGAAGGAUCAUUUUUCGCUUCCAUUUCUGGAUCAAGUCUUAGAUAGAAUAGCGGGACAUGCCUUCUACUGCUUCUUAGAUGGACGAAUGCCUUUCGGUCUGUACAAUGCCCCUGCAACAUUUCAAAGAUGCGUGAUGAGCAUUUUCAGUGAAUUGGUAGAGAAUGUGGUGGAAGUCUUCAUAGAUGACUUCUCAAUAUUAUUAUCGAUCUCUAUCCAUAUUAUUGAUCACCGUCAAGGACGUAAAGAACGUGGAGAACUCCGUGAAGACUCAGAUUCUUCUGUUCCAUCCAUGGCCGACCCAUGGAGGGAUCCCAGUUUCUGUACGAUCACUCCGAACAUGUUUGUCUUCGUCUUCCUCAUUGCUUUGAUCUGCAUCUGUCAAAGCCUUAAUUCACCCUUCUCGCCUUCACUCAACCAGCAAAUCAUGUUAUCAUCUUCUUUAUCAUCUGUAUCAACCAAUGUUCAAGUCAGCCAAGUUGAUGAAACCCCGCAAAACUCACAAUCAAUUUUCAAUCUUCAAACAACAAACCCAGAAUCAGCCAAUGUCCAAACAAACCUAUUUCACGAAGCACUAUCAUCGACCAGUGCUGUUCAUGAAGCCCUGGAAAACCCAGAAACAACGCAGCUGAAGCACGUUGUCUUCGGCAUCGCAGCCUCGGCCAAGCUCUGGAACCGCCGGAAAAACUACAUCCAAGCAUGGUGGCGGCCCGAACAGAUGCGGGGUUUCGUUUGGCUCGACGAGGCCGUGAAAAUUACCAAGAACAGCUCCCUGCCGCCUCUGAAAAUCUCAAGCGAUAUUUCCAAUUUCAAGUACACGAACAAGGAGGGAAACAGAUCUGGAAUCCGUAUUUCAAGGAUUGUUUCGGAGACUGUGAGGAUGAACCUGGAGGAUGUGCGAUGGAUCGUGAUGGGGGACGAUGAUACGUUCUUCGUUGCAGAAAACCUGGUUAGGGUUUUGGCGAAAUAUGAUCACAACCAGUUUUAUUACAUCGGUAGUUCGUCGGAGAGCCAUUUACAGAACAUUUACUUCUCUUGCAAUAUGGCUUAUGGUGGCGGCGGGUUCGCCAUUAGUAUUGCGUUGGCCAAAGCUCUUGAGAGAAUGCAGGAUCGGUGCAUUGAGAGGUACCCGGAAUUGUACGGCUCCGAUGACCGGAUUCAGGCUUGCAUGGCUGAGCUUGGUGUUCCCCUUACCAAGGAGGCUGGAUUUCACCAGUUUGACUUGUACGGAAGCGUCGUUGGGCUUCUGAUGGCGCACCCAAUUGCGCCCCUAGUUUCAAUGCACCAUCUGGACAUCAUCGAGCCCAUAUUUCCCAGAGUGAACCAGCUCCAGGCCCUGCGCCGCCUAAAUACGGCCAUGAAACUAGACUCCGCCGCCAUCGUCCAACAGUCCAUUUGCUACGACAAGUCCCACAAUUGGACAGUCUCAGUCUCUUGGGGCUACGCCGUCCAAAUGUUCCCGUCGAUAGUCCUGGCCCGCGAGGCUGAGAGGCCCAUCAGAACCUUCCAGAAUUGGUACAGAAAGGCCGAUUACACUGCAUUUGCUUUCAACACUCGCUCGCCCAGUAGUGAUCCAUGCCAAAGGCCAUUCGUCUAUGUACUGUCCAAUGCCCUCUUCAACGCCUCCACCAAUCAUACCGCCAGUGAGUAUAUCCGGCAUUGGGCCCCCGGUUCUCGGUGCACCCGCGAGAAGCCCCGGCCAACUGACAUUCGCAGGGUUCAAGUUCACAAGAAGCCUAAUCCACAUCUUUGGGACACAGCACCGAGAAGAAACUGUUGCAGAAUCUUACCGUCAAAAGAGAAACACACCAUGGUGAUUGAUGUUGGCAAAUGUGGAGAAGAUAAAAUCAUCGAAUUAUAG